GGCACGCAGAGAGUUGGAGGCUGCACACAUUAUAAGACAGAAUGGCCGGGCUGCCCCGCAGGAUAAUUAAGGAAACCCAGCGUUUACUGGCAGAGCCGGUCCCGGGGAUUAAGGCUGAGCCAGAUGAAAACAAUGCUCGCUAUUUCCACGUGGCUAUCGCUGGUCCACAGGAUUCACCUUUUGAGGGAGGGUCAUUUAAACUUGAAUUAUUUCUUCCGGAAGAAUACCCAAUGGCAGCUCCUAAAGUACGAUUCAUGACCAAAAUCUAUCACCCUAAUGUAGACAAGUUGGGAAGAAUAUGUCUAGAUAUUUUGAAAGAUAAAUGGUCGCCAGCUCUGCAGAUUCGUACGGUGCUCCUAUCAAUUCAGGCUUUGUUAAGUGCUCCCAACCCAGAUGACCCUUUAGCCAACGAUGUAGCCGAGCAGUGGAAGACAAAUGAAGCCCAAGCCAUAGAAACAGCCAGAGCAUGGACUAGGCUAUAUGCUUUGAAUAAUAUGUAAAUUCGGCUUGAUCUUCAAGUGCACACCAUUUCUCCUGUUCUGCCAAGACCUCUUCCCUUUAUUUUUGUUCUGUUUUUUGUUUGUGUUUCAUGGACACAGUCUUAAUAAAAUAUAUGGAAUAAAAAGCCCAGACAUGGUCAUCUUUGGUGAUUAAAUGUACGUUAGCAAAUAAUAUGUCUUGUUCUAAUUCACUGUUGUAUCGCAUGUGCAGAGGCUGUAAAAAAAAAACCUUAAUUUCAGCAUGUUCUACAAUGUUCUAAAGGGGUGGCAAAAGUUCUUGAUGUCCAUUAUACCCGUCUUCAUUUGAGUACGAGCGCUGGGAAUGAAGGUAGAGUUAGGUUAGUUGUUAAAGCUAUGUUUUUUUUUAUUUUUUAAGGAAAAAUACAAUCAUUUGUUUGUUCUUCAAAUCAAUGUUAUUGCCCCGCCUCCAUUUAUUUCAGUAAUUUUAAAGGCACUUCUCUUUUUGCCAUCGGUCAGAUCUAUAUUCCUAGUAAAUGUACUCGCACCUCCACCUUCCUCUGUAGGAUCGAUUUUACUAAGCAGAGGAUUGGAGACGAAACAAAUCCACCCAUAAAGCAGCGGAUGCCAAUAUCGGAACAUUUUUUUUUUUACCCUGUAUAUUUAAAUUCUUCACAUUUUUAAGGAAAUGCACUCUACAUUGUACCAAGUUAACGAAGCCUAACCUGUUUGCAUUUAAUUCAUCCUUUUUAUUAUUGUCUUUAUUGUGUUUGGUAGCAGCUAACCUGCGCUUUGUCUAUAUGCUCAUAGCCAGCUACUUCACACCAAGUAGAUGGAGGGGCUUGUUUGAGGAAAAAUGCAAAAAUGUAUUUAAAAAACAAAACAAAAACAAAAAACUUUCACUAAUCUCUUCCAUAAAGUGGUAGAACAUCCAGAGCAUGUGACCAUGUAACCAUUUUAUAUGGCUUGUCUUGAAAAUCUGUAAAUCUUAUGUAUUAGUAAAAUAUUUUUUGUUAUUCUA